AUGUCUUUAGCCCCGGGAUGCAAUAGGGUGGCACUGGGGAGGCAAACUAGCUGGGCCAGUGCUCUCUACUUGUUAGCCACUUUAUAUUUUGUCACCCUCAAUAACUACAGGGUGAGCACCAAAGCUGCCUACCAGAGGCUCCACAGUGUGGCUCAUCCAACAGGUGCUCUUGCUGAAGAUCACCACUGGCUUGUCUACAAACUUAAGAUCAAGUGGUCUAUUUAUACGAGGCUUAUUCUGGGAGAUGGGAUUGGAGUUCCUGAAAACAAAUCAUAG